UUUGAUUACUGUAUCCAUCGUAAAGCUUUUAUUUUUUGUACGUCUCGAAAGGAUAAUGCUUUUACGCUGAAGGGCCACACACCGGAAGCUUGCGUGCCUACGUGAGUUGUUGUACGUCACAUUAAAUGUUACUACGCUGACAGAGCCGCGUCUCAGUCAUCAGUGGAAACAAGGAUUGAAGCGGUCGACUUGUUCACAACCCUUUCGAAGAUGUUCCAAAUAAAGAGAAUUUGUUGCAUCGGUGCUGGCUAUGUGGGAGGCCCAACAUGCAGUGUGAUUGCACAAAUGUGUCCAGAAAUCAUAGUGACUGUCGUUGAUGUCAACGAGUCCCGAAUCAAAGCCUGGAACUCAGACACGCUUCCCAUAUAUGAGCCUGGCCUCAAAGAUGUGGUCGAAUCAUGCAGGGGGAGGAACUUAUUUUUUUCCACAGACAUUGACUCAGCCAUCAAGGACGCUGACCUUGUUUUUAUCUCUGUAAACACACCCACCAAGACCUACGGCAUGGGGAAGGGCCGUGCCGCAGACCUCAAGUUCAUUGAAGCUUGCGCUAGGAGGAUUGUGCAAGUGUCUGAUGGCUACAAGAUCGUCACAGAAAAGAGCACUGUCCCUGUACGAGCAGCUGAGAGUAUUCGACAGAUCUUCGACGCCAACACCAAGCCCAGCCUUAACCUACAUGUGCUGUCCAACCCGGAGUUUCUUGCGGAGGGAACGGCAGUGAAAAAUCUGAAGGAGCCCGACCGCGUCCUGAUUGGUGGAGAUGAGACAGCAGAGGGUCAAAGGGCUAUCAGAGCAUUAUGUGCCGUGUAUGAACACUGGGUGCCCAAGGCCAGAAUCAUCACCACCAACACGUGGUCAUCAGAGCUGUCCAAACUGGCAGCCAAUGCAUUCCUGGCGCAGCGAAUCAGCAGCAUUAACAGUAUCAGUGCGUUGUGCGAGGCCACCGGGGCCGACGUGGAGGAGGUCGCCACGGCCAUUGGCAUGGACCAGAGAAUAGGGAGCAAGUUUCUCAAAGCCAGCGUGGCCACUAAUUUCGGCUAUGACGUUCAACUCGACACCCAACCAGAUAAGUCCGAAUCGGGUUUUGGUGGAAGCUGUUUCCAGAAGGAUGUGCUCAAUCUGGUUUAUCUGUGUGAGGCCCUCAACCUGCCUGAGGUGGCUUCCUAUUGGCAACAGGUGAUAGAUAUGAAUGAGUACCAAAGGCGGCGCUUUGCCUGCAGAAUCAUUGACUGCCUCUUCAACACGGUGUCAGGCAAAAAAAUCGCUCUGCUCGGCUUCUCUUUCAAAAAAGACACGGGCGACACAAGAGAGUCAUCCAGUAUCUACAUUUCCAAGUAUCUGAUGGAUGAAGGGGCCAAGCUGUUCAUCUAUGACCCCAAAGUUCUGAAAGAGCAAAUCAUUCAGGACUUGUCCCACCCCAGCAUCUCAGAGGACAAGCCAGAAAGAGUUUCAGAGCUGGUGACUGUGACCAGUGACCCUUACGAGGCUUGCCAGAGUGCGCAUGCAUUAGUCAUCUGUACCGAGUGGGACAUGUUUAAGGAGCUGGACUACGAGAAGAUUUACAAAAAGAUGCUGAAGCCAGCCUUUAUAUUUGACGGUCGCAGGUUGCUGGACAACCUUCAUGCACACCUCCAGGACAUUGGCUUCCAGAUUGAGACCAUAGGGAAAAAAGUGACGGAAACACGAAUCCCCUACACUCCCGCUGCUGUAUGUCCCCGCAUCACUUCCAGCGAGCCUCCUGCCAAAAAAAACAAAAUCUAAGGCUGUUGGCACGUACCACAUUCCUCCCUCAACUUUUUGAUUGGACUCUUGUCAAAUCCUGCCUUACAAUCUAAACAAGCCAGACCAGCCAUGUGACUUACGGCUCUGCCUGCCCGUAAUGGGCUGACGAUAGAGUUCGAUUUUCAGUCCCAAAUUUUGACUGUGGUCAUGUAAUGGUUGAACUUCUGCAAACACACAAAUAGUUUAUUGAAUACACUAGUAUUUAUCAAGCUGUUUUACAUGUAAAUCAAGAAUGUCAUGACGUAGUGUACUUUUAUUUUUUUUACAGUCGCAUUACAACUGUUUUUAGGACAAUUUCUAACUAUUUUUAUAAAUCCUAAUGCUGUAAGUGUCCGCUAUACCCGUGACUCAAAGGGCCAAUGCAAUAAAAUGUCAACUCACAAA